UUCAAGUCUGACUACUCGAAGUCGUACGAGUCCGAGGCUGUCGAGGCCAAGCGCCUGGCUGCUUUCGAGGCCAACCUUGAGUUCAUCAACAAGCACAACGCCGAGCAUGCCCAGGGUCUGCACUCGUACACCGUUGGUGUCAACGAGUUCGCUGAUCUGACCAUUGACGAGUUCAUGGCCCUGUACGUUCCCUCCAAGUUCAACCGCACCAUGCCCUACAACACCGUCUACCUUCCCGCCACUUCCGAGGACUCUGUCGACUGGCGCACCAAGGGUGCCGUCACCCCCAUCAAGAACCAGGGCCAGUGCGGUUCCUGCUGGUCUUUCUCCACCACCGGUUCCACCGAGGGUGCCCACGCCAUUGCCACCGGUAACCUUGUCUCCCUCUCCGAGCAGCAGCUCGUUGACUGCUCUGGCUCCUUCGGCAACCAGGGCUGCAACGGUGGUCUGAUGGACGAUGCUUUCAAGUACAUUAUCUCCAACAAGGGUCUUGACACCGAGGAGGACUACCCCUACACCGCCCAGGACGGUACCUGCAACAAGGAGAAGGAGGCCAAGCACGCCGCCACCAUCAGCUCUUACAGCGAUGUCCCCAAGAACAACGAGGACCAGCUCGCCGCUGCCGUCGCCAAGGGUCCCGUCUCCGUCGCCAUUGAGGCCGAUCAGUCUGGCUUCCAGCUCUACAAGUCUGGUGUCUUUGACGGCAACUGCGGCACCAACCUCGACCACGGUGUCCUCGUUGUUGGCUACACCGAUGACUACUGGAUUGUCAAGAACUCGUGGGGUACCACCUGGGGUGUUGAGGGUUACAUCAACAUGAAGCGUGGUGUCUCCGCCUCUGGUAUCUGCGGCAUUGCCAUGCAGCCCUCUUACCCCAUUGUC